AUGAAGCUUUUGUUGUCGUUGGUAGUGUUGGUGGUGUGUUGUUACAGUAUCCUGGCCCAGCCUUGCAUUCCUGGUACUUGUCGGAUACCAGAGGAUUGUGUGGCACAGUAAGUUAAGAGUUUUUAAGGUAAAAUACGUUACGUCUAAAUUUAAGCUUUUAAAACCUAUAAUUCAUGUCAUUAUUUCAAUAAGGUGACAUUUUAUACGAUGAAACAUGAUUUGACAAAAAAAUUUUAAAAAUCAAAGAAAUGAAAAAUUUACUUUCGGCUAGCCAAAAAUCUCAAAAAAAUUCAUUUUUCACCUUUCAGAGGCUGCUUCUGCGCCCCAGGCGAUCCAAUGUUCUGUGGCCCUGAUAUGAUGUGCAUUUGCCAGGCAAACCCCAUUGGGUAAACCCUUUUACCUUACUAUAACCAUAAAUUUACUGCUCUGUAACAAUAAAAAAUUGAUUUUUAGAAACUUGAUUGGUGGUCUACUUGGUUGA